UUAGCCUACUCACUACAACGACUUGUUACUGCUGCCAGCAGAUAGCACUUACAUCGCCUCAAGUUGUCGUAAAUCAGGGUUUGUUUCCUGGUUACCACGUUCCCACAGCAACCAUGGAACCUGUCAACAAAUCCGGAAAACGGAGACGUGGGAAAUGUAAAAAUAGGAAACUUGUCCACAAAGCUCCCCCAGACGGAAACAUGUUUCCAGCUGUUGCUGUUGGGGGCCCAGAGAAGCUGGAUGCCAGUGUGAGCAGACAUGGUCUGUCAGCGCUUCACAUGGCCUGCCUUCACGGCCAGCUGGCUACUGUUCAGCUCCUGGUGGAGUCCGGGCAGGUGUGGAUCAACAGCAGCGAUCUCAAGGGUCGCCGGCCUGUUCACAUGGUCCUGUCCUCCCGGAGCUCACCCAACACCUCCUUGUGCCUCAAAUACCUGCUGGAGCACGGGGCUGACGUCAACGUCAGUACCACAGAUUCAGGGACGAGCCCGCUGCACCUGGCUGCCUCUGAAGGCCUCCUGGACUGCACAGAGAUCCUCUUGCAGGCCGGAGCAGAUGUCUCGACCCAGGACAACAUGGGACACACGCCUCUGGAUUUGGCCCGCAUCUGGUGUCACAGGAAGGUGGCAAGGUGUCUGAAAAGCUACAAGUGGCAGUCGGAUAAGACAAAAGAAAUGCAGGAGAGGAAGCUAGUUCAAACGCUAUACAGUAAUCUUGUGGAUAUGGUCAAACUGAAUAAGCUCAAUAAAAAGACACUUAUAGAUGAGAAGAUGGCAGAAUGGGCGAACAAAAAAGGUUUUCCUCUCCUGAAGGAUUUCUCCCCCAGAGUCUGGGUGAGCCAGUACCACACUCAGUGCCUCCCAUCAGAUCACAACAGUUCUAAACCAAAACACGCCAAGCACCCAUUGAAGCACCAGCCAGAAGGUCCUCUGGAGGACAAGAGCACCUCCACUAAGCAGCAGCCUCCAGCCUCAUCCUCCUCCAGACCCUGGACCGUCUUCCUGGGCCUCCAGCCAGAGAAACCCCUCAGAGAGCCGGACCUCCGAGACAACGUCAUGGUGUGGAGGGACAGCAGCAGCAGGCAGCCUCAGUACACCACCAAGUGGGACAGCACACGUCACCCCGCCCCUGACGUGCCUCUGGAUAUCCUAGAGAGGGUGUUGUUUCCCAGAGCAUUCCCUUCCAGGAUCGCCUCCCCACGGUACUUUGAGCCACAGAACAUUGUGGAGGUCCAGCACAGAGGAUACCCCCAGGGGCAGAGCACCUCCCCCUGGACAGAGGUGGCCAUGCACCUGGCUGAGGUGCUGGAGCCUGGACAUUACUGAUCAUCGCACUCUGUACUGGAAGAGCUCCCACAAGACCUGAAAUUAGUAGAUGUGUUUAAGAAAUGUAUUAAAACUCAUCUGGUAUUGAAAUAGUUCAUGUGUUUUUAAAUCCAAACUUGGUGGGUGGUUGAAAGAACAAAUACAUUGAACAUGUCUUUAUAGUUUUUAUAUGAAAUGAAGAAAUUAACAUGUGAGACUUGUAAUUAGAGGAUUGUAUUUUAGGAAAAUAUAUAUAUUGCAUAGACAUCUGACAGUGUCCCCUGUGCAAUCUCACACCAUGAGUAUUAACAGUCCUAACAGCAGACUAACAGAAGAUCCUGCCACCCCACGACUUCAGCUCAAAGUGACAAAAUUAAAAAUGCCACACACCCUGCUGCAGCAGGGUGAAUGGAGGGGUGAGUGAAAGGUGAGAAAACCUCAGUGAACUGGGUCACCUGUCUCAGAUGUAUCCCUGCACUCUCACUGCUCCCCCCCCAGGGAACUGACUCGGGAUCCAGGAGAGGUGAGCUGUCAACAGCAUGUGUGUUAACUGGGAGCUGUUGCCUGUCAGCUAAAGGUGUUUGUGUUGCGGGUUUCUCUUUUUCCUUUACUUAACA